AUGGCCAAGGAUCUCAACGACUAUCAGCCCGUUCCAGACUAUUCUAAAGCCGGUCCGCACUGGGUCCAAGCUGCGUAUGAACGGGAUAGAUUGCAGAAAAAGUUCGACGCACACCAGGAGCAUCUUCAGAAAAAGCAGGCUUUGCAGUUGAGGAGGGAACAGUUCAUGAGGGAUGCUUGGGAGAAGAGGAAUGGGCAGAGGCAGGAAAGGAGGGGCGCUGAAGACGCUGGCGAAGGCGAGGGUGCUUCCCGGCGUGAAGUGCCGGCUGGGGAGGUGAGGGUGAAGGUGGAGGAUGAGAAUGAGAACGAGACUGCGCAGUUGGUGCAAGAGGAGCGUUCGUGGCAGUAUCGUGGCCAGAAGAGGGCACGUGAGGAGGAGGAGCAUCGCGACGUCGCGAGCAAUGUUGGUCUGCCACAGAUUGCGCGAAGGAAUGGUCCGUCUGCUUUGCCGCCUUACCCUGGCCCCAAGCCGAUCUCAUCCAACGAGGCUGAAUCAGAUCUCUCCUCACUGCGCCAACAGCAGCAGAACGGCGUACUUGGCGCUACGGUUCUCCCGCCUCCUCCGAUGCGAGCGCCUUUACAUUUUCCGCCGUCGCACUACACGGCGCUGAGGACUACCGCGAACCCACAUCAGCAAUCGAGCAGCAGUCGACUUCAUACAUCACUGCCGGGACCUAAUGCUUCUCGUCAUCCCUUUCCUUCCGAUGUGAAAGGUGACCGACGCUGA